AUGGCCGGCCUGGGGCGGCCCGGCCCGGGGCCCCGCGCCGCGCUGCCCGCCUGGAAGCGCGAGAUCCUGGAGCGCAAGCGCGCCAAGCUGGCCGCCCUGGCCGGGGGCGCGGGCCCGGAGCCGGAGCCCGGGGCGGGGGCGGGGGCGGCGGCGGACCCCCCGGCGCCCGCUGCGCCCGCGGCCGAGCGGCUGGUGCUGGCCGAGAGCCUGGGCCCGCUGCGCGAGAACCCGUUCAUGCGGCUCGAGUCGGAGCGGCGGCGCGGGAGGCGGGCGGGCGCGGCGGGGGCGCGGCCGGCGUCGCCGCGGCUGGAGCUGUGCGUGCCGGGGCUGCGCACCAUCCGCGCCGACAACAUCCUCAUCAUCGAGUCGGCGCCGGGCUUCGCGCCCGCGCCCGCGCCCGCGCCACCCGGCCGCGCCGCCGCCGAGAUCCGCGCCGCCGAGGUGCUGGUGUACGAGGCGGCGCCGGCUCCGGGCCGUGUCAGCCGGCUGCUGGAAAAGUUCGACCCGCCCGCCGGCGCCGCGCCGUGCGCGCCCUCCCCGCCGCGCCGCCGCGGGAGCCCCGAGCGCGCCCGCCCGCCGCCGGUGGUGCCAAAGCCUCCGCCCGUGGCCCCGGGCCCGCCGACCGCCCCGCGCGUGGGCGAGCGCGCCGCCUGGUUCGAGCGGGAGCGCCGCGGCGGCGGGGCCGGCCCCACAGCCCGGCGCAGCGACUUCCUCCAGAAGACGGGCAGCAACUCGUUCAUUGUGCACCCCCGGGGCCUGCACCGCGGCGUGGGUGCGCGCCCACUCCCCAACGGGCCCGCGGCCCCCAAGCCCCGGGCCAGCCCUGCCAACAGCCUCGCAGGCUCCGCGCCGGGGCCAGCCUCCGCCAGCGCGGCCCGGGGCGCUGGUGAGUGGAAGCCAAAGGUGGAGUCGGUGGAGCCCCCUCUCUACCCGCCUUCAAGCCCUGGAAGCCCCAGUGCCACUCCAGCCGGGCCUUCGGCCUUCCCGGUGACCAGCCCUGCCAGUGCCACUCCCAGCCAGCGCCAGUGGGUCUCGGCGGCCACAAGCGCCAACGAUUCCUUCGAGAUACGGCCGGCCCCCAAGCCAGACAUGGAGACCAUCCCCGAGGGGGAUCUCCAGGCCCGGGCCCUGGCCAGUCUCCGCGUGAACUCCCGAAACUCUUUCGUGUUCAUCCCCAAGGGAAAGAUCUCCGGUGCCCAUGCCCCCGGGGAGAGGCAGCCUGUGGAGCAGCCAAAGGGACGGCUGGGCUGGGCCUUGCAGCCCCCGGAACCCGGAGCUCAUCUGGUGCCUGAAGUGGAUGGUGUUCCUGCCUGUCCAAGGCGACCCUUGGGCGCCGAGGCACCGUGGGCAGUGGAAGAGGGGAGCUGCCCCCAGGCAGCCACCGCCCUUGCUGACCGGGUGGUUAGGUGGCAGAGGCCUUUGUCGCCACCCCCCUCCCUCCUGGCCACCACUGAAGCUGAGCCUGCCCAGGGCUUCGGGGCUCCUGUCCUGGCCAGAAACAGCCAGGAGCCUGGGAGACCAGGCCUCCCGGUCACCUUCAUUGACGAGGUGGACUCAGACAAUGAGACCUCCCAGGAAGCCAAAUUGUCUUCCGGGUACCACCUGCGCCCUGCUGCGCCCAAGCACUCACCAGGGCUCCAGCACCGUGGCAGUAGCACCUUUACAGUGGUGCCCAAGAGGAAGCCGGGGGCCUUGGAGGAGCAACGCUCUGGCCAGGCCAAUGGGGAAGCCCAGCCACGAGAGGGUGAGGAGGAGGAGGAAGAGGCAGACGGCCCCAUGGGGCCCCACGUCGCCCUGGGGACCAUGCUAAAGAAGCGCUACCCCACUGUGCAUGAGAUCGAGGUGAUCGGUGGUUACCUGGCCCUGGGGAAGUCUUGCCUCACCAAGGCCGGAUCCUCAAGAAAGAAGAUGAAGAUCUCCUUCAACGACAAGAGCCUGCAGACCACAUUCGAGUACCCCUCUGAGAGCUCCCUGGUGCAGGAGGAGGAGGCGGCCGAGGAGCCAGAGGAGGAGGGGGAGGACGAGGGGUCCGGCUCAGAGAGGGCAGCCGAGGAGAAGCCCUUUGUGCUCUUCCUGCCCCGGGCCACCUUCGUGAACAGCGUGGGGCCCGAGAGCCCUCGGCUGCCAGAUGGUAGCCCAGACCUGUCCAGCUACACUCCAAAGCACUCGGUGGCCUUCAGCAAGUGGCAGGAGCAGACAGCAGAGCUGGUUCCAUGCGAGGUGGAGCCCCUUCCUAAGGAGAUCAUGCUCACUCCUGCCGGCCAGAAUGACCUCUCGGACUUCCGCAGUGAGCCGGCCCUCUAUUUCUGAUCCUUCAGGAUGAUGGGUAGAACCCUGGUGCAGGUGGUGGGGCCAGCAGUUCCCAGGAGCCCGCCUUCACUCUGUCCCCACCCCUUACCAGGCUCCCUUGCCACAAUGUACCACCUUCUGCCCUGCAAGGGCAGCCAGGUGCUCAGGGCCUGCACUGGGGCUCCUGGGUUCUUCCCAUGGGUCUGUCUGGGUCUCACUUCCUUUGGAUGGGCUCCAAAGUAGAGAGCGGUGUGGGGCCCAGGGGUCCUGCUGGAUGGCGCCCCUGUCUGUCCUGGUGGGGGCCUGAGCGGACUCUGGCCCAGGUUACCCUCUGUCCUGCCAAGCCCUGGCUCCUCAUCCUGCCCAGUUGCACUGUGAAGGGGCUCUCCCCUGCAGGGGCUCCCUGGCCCACCCCUAGCCCAGCCAGCACUGACCCCCAAGGCUGAGCCUGGCCCUGCUUCUUGAGUGGUAAACGGGAAGUCUUUCCUGAGGAACGGACUAAAUAAACAGCACUGGACACUGCC